AUGCCGAUGUACGCGGAGCCGUCCGAUUGGCAGAAGGCGGCUGAGGAUUGGGUGCGACAUCGAACGAUCCGCGACUCGCCAGCGACUCCGCGUAGCAGUGAGGGGAUGUCGACUCCACGCCACGAGUCCCGCACGCCGCGGCACGAGUCCCGGACCCCGCGGCACGAGUCCCGUACGCCGCGGCACGAGUCCCGGACCCCGCGCCACGAUUCUCGGACGCCGCACGGAACGCCACAUGGGCACGGUUCGGGCCGCUCAUCGCGCUCGCAUUCCGUCCGCUCCACGCCGCACACGAACACGUCGCCGCGAUCUAUGUCGCUAGGUGACGCGACACCGCUCUACGACGAGAAUUAA